CAUAUCAUCACCACCAAAAUUUUCGAGGAAAGACGGAGAGAUACUCAUAGCACAAUCCUACCAGCAUUAAUUAGUGCCUUGCCGCUGAAAAACAUUAAGAAUCGCAGAUGGGCACCAUCACGUGCGAGCUGGAAUCGUCGUACGCCGCCACGGCCGGCGCCGGCAAGGUCAAGCUAGACGGCAAGUUCGGCGUCCCGCCGCCCGAGCAUGGCUGGUUCGCCUUCGCCGGCACCGGCAAGGGCAGGCGGCUCGGGGACGGCGGCCGGUUCCUUCGUCGUAGAACCAGCGGCGGCGGCGGCGGCGGCGGCAUGCAGGUCUUCGUGAGGACCCUGGGCGGGAGGAGCCUGGCCCUGGACGUGAGCCCGUCCGACACCGUCGACGUGGUGAAGGCCAGGGUCCAGGCGAGGGAGCGCGUCGCGGCGGCGGACCAGCGCCUCGUCUUCGCCGGGAGGGAGCUCAGCGACGGCCGCCGCACCCUCGCCGAGUACGGCGUCGGGAAGGAGGCCAACCUGUUCCUCCACCGCCGCCUCCGCGGCGGCGCCGGCGGCUCGCGCCGGGCAACGACGACGGCCGCCGGCGUCCUCGCUACCGUGGUCGCGGUCGGCGCGGCGCUCGCCUACUUCCCGGUCCCAGCUGCUGCGGCGGCGGCGGCAGGCGGCGGCGGCAUGACCCUGUCCCUCGCCUUCCUCCUCCUCGCGUGGGCGCUCGCCAUGGCCGGAGUGAACCUGAUCACGGCCGGCGUCUUGCUGAUCGGCAGAGCCGGGACUGUCCGGUGCACCGUGCAGUCCGUCGAGCACAGCAAGGUUUUCUCCUUUGUCCGUCGGAACCUCGCCAUGCUUGGGGUUGCGGCUGCCUCGUCGGCGGGGACAGGAGUCGUCGUCAGCGCCGGUAACCGGGCACUCUGUUUCGUUAGCUUUGUUCUGUUCCUGGUCGCCAUGUCUCUCGUUACCAUCGGCGUAGCGAGCUGUGCUCGCUGACGAGCUUUGGACGCUGAGUUGCUCGUCGUUGAUGCUGAAUUGCUUAUGGUUUCCUAAGCCUUUGUGUAAGAAUAAUUGAGGCAGGAAGAAUUUGCGUGAUCUUUGUUUCUCUUCCAAUAGGUCAAGCUCUGCAGUGUUUAAUAUUUUUUUGUAAAAGAGUAUAUAUACGUGGUUUGCAUCUCAGCUUGUCUGCGACAUAUGAGUGAAGGGGAUGUUUGGCUGCAAAGAUUUAUAAUUUGGCUAGACUAUGUUUAAAGGAGAUUGUUAGAUUUAGUUCCACGACCAAAAUUUAUGAAAAUCUAUGGCGAGGAAGUACAACAUA